ACCACGAUGACGACACGGGAGCUUCCCUUUGACCUCUACGUACAUAUUCUCGAGCAGUUGACCCCAUCUACAGAUUCUGAUGAGAGCAUUACUGUGCUCAUUUCUUGCUUGAAGGCAAGUCCUUCCUUGAGGGCAGCUGCAUCUGUUUCAGGACUAUGGGAGCCACAUUACCGUGUCCGAUACGCAAUAUGUGACCCUGCGAAAGAGCAAUCGCGAAAGCGGUCUACAGGUGGCGACUGGCGACUGAUGUAUCUCGAGAGGCGGCGCAUAGACCUCGAGACAUUGGACAUAUUAUCAAAGAUUGUCGCGGAACGGGGUGAUGGAAGACUGGAAAAAGCGCGAGAGGUCAAUACCAUGUUCUCGUUUGAUGCAUGGAAUGUCCUCGAGACGGCUGCAAGCUAUCCGCUUCCGGAGACAUUCCUCGACCCAGGUGCCGCUCCGAGUCCAGAGCGGAGACCCGUCCCCCCUCAUGCGGUUCCCACUCGCUUUUGGGCUCAAAUGCUUCUUGGUGCUAUUGCUAGAAGUCAUGCUGUCCGCACCUGGGGGAAACUUAUUUCUAAUGACACACCCCAAGCGUUGGAACUUUCAUUCGCUUGUGUGUCCAGCUUUUUCGUAUACCCUCCCAUGAAAGUCUUGUCCCAGAUUGACGAACUUGCGGCGCUCUGCAAAGCCUACUUUAUUGAGCGCCAAAUUCCCCUCGAUCCGGCUGAAUUCAACAGUGAUGCUGGAAAGCUCAGACUUGUCUGUUCGUCCAUCUGCGACUUCUUGUGGAGUUGCGGUUUUGAAGCUGCGGAUGGACAGCGGUUUCACAUGUUGCAAAACCGGUUUCCCCACCUUUUCUUGACUACACACAAGGCAACUAUUCCUAUAUCACUUGUAUACGUUUUCGUGUGCAUUGCACGAAAAAUGGGCGUCACGACAGCACCUGUCGACUUUCCUACCAGAGUCCUGGCUGUUGUGUCUUCUCCUGACCCAGAUGUCCCAGAUAUCUUUGUCGACGUUUUUGGCUCACGAACACAGGCCAUUCUGACACUCCAAGACGAUAUUCCACACUUCCUUGUUCAAGCAGGAAUCACUGCUACUUCGAUGCUCCGUUAUAUUACCCCUGCUUCAUCCACGUCUAUGCUCGUUCGGGCGUCCCGGAAUGUCUUAGCGUCCUUCUCCAACUUUCCCGCAGGUGCAGUUCCCGAAGUUGUGCUGCACACAGCAUUCUAUGCCAGCCUCGUGGUCAAUGUCAUCUUUAUGAACAACCACAGGUAUCUCUUGAAUAUAAUGAAACACAUCAAUCGGUUCCUCCUCGAUCUGUUGCCAGUCCUUGUCGACUCAUUGACCCCUCUUUUAAACCCGCGUCUCCAAGAGCAGCUCACGACGCACUGCAAGGCUGUCAUGGAGGACGAGAAGGAAGCGGCCGCUACUUGUCACCCUCGGUCUGUAUUCACACUGAAUGUGAAAUUCUUCGUUGGCAUGGUUUUCAAGCAUGCAGCCCACGGAUACGUAGGAUAUAUAUACGGUUGGGAUCCCUCCUGUGCAGCGACCGAGGACUGGAUCCGUGAGAUGGGUGUUGAUUCACUCUCGAGAGGGCGCCAUCAACCCUUUUAUCACGCUCUUACUCAGAACGGUUCCUCACGCUAUGUUGCAGAGGACAACAUCAGAACGACCUGCCUAAAGUCAGCGGAUGUACUUAGAAUUUUUGUAGAUGCACCAGAGGCAGGGAGGUACUUUGAGGACUUGACACAAGAUGACGGGAAAGCAAGGUUUCUGUUGAGCCCAGAACUGAAUGCAGCGUAUCCUGACGACGAAGCCUUUGGUGACCAGUGGCUCAAACAACGAGAACAGUAAUUAUAUAUGUAUUUACAUCAGGUAGGAGAUAUGUACAGAUAAGU